GGACGUGUCGGGGCAAGCCGCGUUCACAUGCAGACCUGGGCAUUACGUCAUGGGGACGGUUGCCGGUUAAAAGGACCUGAUACAGUCCCCCGGCCAAUGGGGUCGCAAAGAAGACAUACCAAGGGGUGGAGCGACAAUACCACCUCCAUUCAAUCUGCCAAAAAAUUGUAGUAAACAUCAGCUGACGGCCAAAGAUUCACUCCAGAGUCGGCAUCAAUCGCGGAAAAAAAACACAACAAGCCAUCAUUUCAUUUUCAGCCGGCACCGUGUGGUAACCAUGAACGACAUCGGUAUUAACAAAUUUCUAGGACCCCUCGGGUUACACCAAUAUGCUGAUAUAUUCCAAAUUAAAGGAUAUGAUGUGGAGAGUGAUUUCUGUACACUGGAUAAAGACGAUCUAGACGCGAUGAACAUCACAGACAAGGAGCAUCGAGGGACAAUUCUCCAGGCAGCCACCCACUACCAACCCUCGGAGGAGUUUGAGGUAUUCCAAUGGCUCCGAGACAACGGCAUCGACCACUACUUCGGCAACUUUAUCCGGAGCAACUACACCAACCUUCACCAGGUCUCCGUCAUGGAGUUAACGGCAGACGUGCUACACGAGCUCGAAGUGCUGCUGCCGGGGCACCGCAAACGACUCAAAAACGCGUGGCAACCGCGAAAAGCACCCGAUCUGGAAAUUCGACGGAGGUUAUGGAGCGCCUGUACUGACAAAAUGUCACCAAGUUCCAAAGAGUUCAUGGUCACCGGAGCCCACAUGUCUACUGAUGCCCUCAUAAUGUCCUGUUAAUUGCUUUUUUACAAAAUGCGGUGCGAGCUUCGCCCUACGUUGCAAGCACUGUGUGCACCCGUAUUUAUACCGUGCAGUAUGAAUACUAACACAGCAAAUAUACUGGAUAUCGGGCUGUGCAUAUUUUAUCUAAUUACCUCAAUGAACAUACAGUUCAUAAGGGUUCUGUUUAACCCUUGAAUGUACCGUCAUGCAGCUAUUAUUUGAAU